GAUAACUCUCACAGACUUACAGUUGUAAUGAGUCCUGAUGAGGAAUAUGAUGAGAAAAGAAAGACGAAAGAACAAGAUAAACUCCGGUCAUGUAUACAAAAACUUAGUGAUACAGAUAAAGAGAAGAUAUUUGAAUUAGGUAAAGAGCUACAGACAACACAGAAUGCUGUAGAGGAUUUGUCUUGUUUGCCAUGUAUCAGACUGAAUGAAAUUGACAAGAAAAUUGUGUUAGAGCCAACAGAAUCUACUGAAUUUGAUGGAAUUCCUGUUCAAUACAGUGCACAGCCGACAAACCAAGUGGCGUAUAUCAAAAUGGUGUCAUUCCUUGACCAAGUACCAGAAGAGAUGAAGAUCUAUGUACCACUGUUCACAAAUAUCAUCACUAAAAUGGGUGCAGGUAUCUACGACUAUAAACAGCUCUCACAUCAGAUAGAGUUGUACACAGGUGGUCUUAAUGCCCAGACUCUGGUGUCACCAGACCCCUCUGACUCACUGGGCUAUGACCAGGGUGUCCAUUUUUCAUCCUACUGCCUGGAAGGAAAUUUUGAUAGAAUGUUAGAUCUGUGGACAGAAAUAUUUGACAGGUCAAAUGUACGUGACAGUGGUCGCCUUCAGACACUGAUCAAAAUGUCUGCGGCAGAGUUAGCGGCAGGCCUGUCUAAUGCUGGUCACAACUACGCCAUGAUACACUCUGCGUCAUCUCUGACACCUGCUUCACAACUCAGUGAACAGUUCAGUGGUGUUACACAGGCAUCUGUAAUGAAAAGAGUUGCAGAGUUAGAGGAUAAUUCAAAAAUAAUGGAACAUUUAAUUGAACUUGGACAUGAAAUACUCAACAAAAACAAUUUGAAACUGUGUAUAAAUGCCACACCUGACUUCAUGCCCACUGCACUGGAGAAGGUGGAGGAGUUUAUAAACUCAUUACAUGGUCAUAGAAAACCAGAGCAUCAUUUUGUAAAACCCCUAAAACCCCACACUACACAUGUAACUAAAUUUGAAGCAAAAAGUCAGAAGACCCAAAUUGAGCUACCUUUCUCAGUGAACUACAUGAGUAAAAGUGUGAAAAUAGUUCCAUACACCCACACAGACUUUGCAUCACUGAGGGUGUUGUCUAGAUUGUUGUCAUGGAAAUUCCUACACAGAGAAAUCCGAGAAAAAGGCGGGGCUUAUGGAGGCGGUGCUACCUGUUCAAAUGGAAUCCUGAGUUUCUUCUCUUACAGAGACCCUAAUUCCAUGGAAACAUUGGAAGUAUUUGAUAGGUCAAUACAAUGGGCAGCAAAUGGUGACUUUAGUGAUACAGACGUGGAUGAGGCUAAAAUUGCGGUGUUUCAACAGUCUGAUAAGCCAGUUCCCCCAGGUCAGAUUGGUUCCACAUUAUUUCUGUCCAAUAUUUCUGAUGGAAUGAGGCAAGAAGCCAGGAACCAGCUAUUUGGUGUUACAAAAGAAAAUCUCAUUGAAGCUGCUCAGGAGUACUUGCUUCCUGGGAACCGGCCUUCUUCUUUGUCCUUCCUCGGGCCGGAAAACAGCAAUAUUUCUGGAAACAAAGAAUGGAAAGUGAUCAAGGAAUGAAUCUUGUUUAGUUAUUAGUUGAGUUAUCUGCCCUUGAGUGGGCCCAAUGAGCCAGGCCGUAAAUAUAGGACAAAAAUCUCAUGGACGAUCGAGAACACUAAUAUUAUAAUUUAUCUUUUAGACCAGGGCUUUCCAUACUUAUACACUUAUUUAUACAACUGCAAUUGCCAGUCAUGUUUAUUAUUUGGGAUAUGAGGGAAUGGGAGUUAUGAAUCUUAAUGAGCAAUAAAAAAAAUCAAAAAAACAUUUUUGAUGGUAUUAGGUGGUAUGUUAUAGUUACAUGUUUUAACCAUUUCACUGUCAAAACUGUGAGGGUACAAAAGAGCGUACUGGACUAUAAUCUAAUAAAUUUAAAUUACUUGUUAAAAGAAUAAAUGCUGAUUUUUGACAUUUAUAUUGUACUAUACAAUGUAGAUUCUGUAUUCUUUUUAUGGAAGAAAAUAAAUUGCAGAUAAAAUGAUUUAUUGCAAAUGUCAAAACAAAAAUGUGAGAGAAAAAAAUGUAAGUAUUAUAGGCUAACAGGCCAUAGGUUGGAUAUACUUGUCUUACUAAUUGUGUUCAUUAACAAUUUAAAUCAAGCAUAUUCAAGUGUUCAGUAGUAAGAAUUUACAAAAUAAAAUUUGUCAAGAGCGGCAAAGCUAAUUAAUUGGUUGAAAUUACUUUUAUGAACAGUCGUAUUACUUGACUGAUUAAAUAAAGCCACUUUACCAAAGAGAAUUUGUUUAUGAUUAUUUUGAAAUACUGCAAUCCUUUAGAACAAAAGGUCAUUACAAACUUACAAAUACAAAAAUACAAGAUAGUGAUUUAUUAAAUACUCAAGAUAGCAAAUAAAUUGGAAGAGGUUGUUAUUCAUUUGUUACUGUAUUUUAGUUAUUAAAUACUGUUGUAAUAAUGUUUUAAAUUAUAUUAGAGUUUAUAUUAACAUUUUGUCCAGGAAUAACAGAAUUGUAAGAAAAAAUAUAGCAUCUGUAAUGAUGAAAAUAAUUUCAAUUGCAGAAAUAGUAAUCAAUUACUUUUACAUUUGACAUGAAGUAAUUGAAUUGUAAUAGUUAUUAUAAUAAUGUUAAUGUUUUCAAUUGUUUAGAGUUUAGUUUGACUUGGGGUAAUAAUAUUUGUAAAAAAAAAGGAACAAACAAAUCUGUUAUGAUGAUUUCAAUUCUAGAAAUAGUAAUCAAUUACUUUUGACACAAAGUAAUUGAUUUGUAACGGUAAUUGCAUUUAUAAUGUUUUUAAGUUGUUGUGAAUUUAGACAUUUUGU